AUGAACCUGCUGGCUUCUUGGCAGCUGGUGCUUUUCCUCUGGGCCACCUCCUUCAGGGACUCCUUAGAAAAGGCGGUGCCCGCGGAGAACCCGGGAGCCACAGGCCAGCAGCUCGGCCCCCUGGCGCUGGGGGUCUCCGGGGAGCAGAGCCGGCGGUGUGCGGUCUCUGAGAGUUUGGAGGGGUCCGGGCCAGCCCUGUACCAGCCGAGCAGCCGCCGCCGGGUCCCUCCGGCUCCGGGCGAGGCGCUGGUGCGGCAGGCGAAGGGCCUGUCUGCCUUCAACUGGAACUCCUUCGGCCUGCGCUAUGGCCGGCGGCAGGCGGGCGAGCCGGGCCCCCCGAAGGCGCGCAGGGGCCAGGGACGCCUGA